AGGAAUAUCAAGUGUUGCAUAGAGCCUACAUUUUUAAAUCCGGUUCAGCUUGCAUGAUUGGACUUGGCCUCCGAGAUCCUCUCAUUACAACAGCUACUGGGUUUGUGUGCUAGCGAUGACAUUAACUUCGUCUGCAAUGGAGUGGCCUAAGAGAAACGAAGAAGCCUUUCAACGGGGGAAGAGGGUCUUGCAAUCUUUGGAAUGCGAUGCACUCAGUUUCAGUUCGGAUGACCUUUUACACCUUACCCUGGAGAUUUUCCUUGAACAAGAAUUCCCGAAGAAAGUUAAUGUUUCCGAGGAGAAAUUGAAGAAAUUCAUCCUCUGUGUUCGUUCUUGCAUGUUCGACAAUCCUUAUCACAACUGGUUUCAUGCCUUCGAUGUUACCCAGACUGUUUACUGCAUGUCUCUCACCGGCGAGACAUACAAGACCCUGACUGAUGUAGAGUAUUUCGCCCUGAUCGUGUCGGCACUUUGCCACGACUUGGAGCACCCUGGAGUCAACAAUCCAUUUCUUGUUUCUUCGCGUUCCGAUCUUGCUACUUUGUAUAACGAUCGUUCGGUACUGGAGAACCACCAUUGCUGCAGAGCCUUUCAGCUUAUGUUACAUUCUGAGAUUCAACUGUUAUCCGAAUUCACAAAUGCGCAAUACAUCGCUUUUAGAGCUGUUGUGUUGAACAAUAUCUUGGCAACGGAUAUGGCAAGGCAUGGAGAGUACACAACAAAGCUGAAACGUCUUACGGAUCCCAAUACCCCACCUGAUGAUCGGAAGAUGGACAAGCAAUUUGAGAUGGAGAUUAUAAUUAAGUGCGCAGACACGUCGAAUGUGUUGAAGCCUUUUGAUAUAGCGAAAAAAUGGGCCAUGCGCGUGACCGAUGAAUUCUUCUUGCAAGGCGACAAGGAGAAAGCAUCUGGAAUGCCGCUCACUCCUAUGUGCGACAGAACGUCGCAGGGGAGAGUUGCUCUGCAGAAGGGUUUUGUUGAUUUUGUUAUCGGGCCGUACUACAAACUCGUUGCAGCGGCAUUUCCCAACCUCACCCCGGUUUUCAGUCUCCUCACAGACAACCGCAAAGCAUGGAACAACUACGAUGACAAGACCUUAGCAGAUGAACUCGGAGACAUGUACUGAGAUUGUGAUUGUCUUUUUCUCGCGCAAGGAAUCCUCGGCUGUCUUCAUGCGGGGAAAGCGAGACACUGCUCUUCAUGGAAAAGAGAGUUUGGAAGAGACAGCAGCGGAUUAUAGUAAGAAUAGUCAAACUGAAGUAAAUAAUGGCGAUGGGUCC